AUGCGCCAUGAAAUUGAGUUCAAGUCUUCAAAACAAUUACCUGGCGAGGAUGUGAAGUCAUGGCUGUUUUUCUUAGAUCUGAAGAAUCCAUGGUUUUUGUUAUCCCAUUUUGCGCCCCACUCUCACAAUGACGCCGCUUGCGGAAUAUACAUUCCGCCACAGUCCACUAAAUACCUCUCAAAUUAUUUAAAUGUCGUCUUACAGGUAUUUCAAGUUUUCAAAAUGUCCCACCUCCAAUAUUUUUCCUACAAGGGCGUUGGGGAGACCAACCGCCAGAAGUUCAAGUACAGCCAAGCUGUCAGAAUCGGAGAUCGCAUCGAGUGUGCCGGCCAAGGUGAGCAAUUAGUGGUUACUUCUUUUUGUUUGUUUUCCUCCUCGUUUUCUGACUCCAUUGUUACAGGUGGUUGGAACCGCGAGACUGGCGUGAUCCAUCGCGAAAUCAAUGAACAAAUCGACCAAGCGUUUGCAAAUGUCGAGCAUAACUUGAAGGACGCCGGAGGCGAAGGUUGGAGCCAGGUUUUCCGCGUCAACUCAUACCAUGUGCCUAUCAACGACGAGGCAUUGGCAGCUAUGGUGCGCAACUUCCACAAAUACAUGCCCGGGCAUGAGCCUAUUUGGACUUGUGUUGGUGUUCCUCGCCUAGGGGAGGAUGAUAUGCGGGUGGAAAUUGAGGUCGUUGCCCAUGUACCUAACUGA